AUGUCCAUUCCAAAAACUCAAAAAGCUGUUGUUUUUGAAACCAACGGUGGUCCAUUAGAAUACAGAGACAUCCCAGUCCCAGUUCCAAAGGCUAACGAAAUCUUAAUUAACAUCAAGUACUCCGGUGUUUGUCACACUGAUUUACACGCCUGGAAGGGUGAUUGGCCAUUACCAACCAAGUUACCAUUAGUUGGUGGUCACGAAGGUGCUGGUGUUGUCGUUGCCAUGGGUGAAAACGUCAAGGGUUGGAAGAUUGGUGAUUACGCUGGUAUUAAAUGGUUAAAUGGUUCUUGUAUGUCUUGUGAAUUCUGUCAACAAACUGAUGAACCAAACUGUCCAGAAGCUGAUUUAUCUGGUUAUACCCAUGAUGGUUCUUUCCAACAAUAUGCUACUGCCGAUGCCGUUCAAGCUGCUAGAAUCCCAGCUGGUACCGAUUUAGCUCAUGUUGCUCCAAUCUUGUGUGCCGGUGUUACCGUCUACAAGGCCUUAAAGACUGCCGACCGUAAAGCCGGUGACUGGAUCUGUAUCUCCGGUGCUGGUGGUGGUUUAGGUUCUUUAGCCAUCCAAUACGCCAGAGCUAUGGGUUUCAGAGUUGCUGCUAUUGAUGGUGGUGAAGAAAAGGGUGAAUUCUGUAAAUCUUUAGGUGCUGAAGCUUAUAUUGAUUUCACCAAGGAAAAGGAUCUUGUUGCUGCUGUCCAAAAGGCUACCGAUGGUGGUCCACAUGCUGCUAUUAACGUUUCUGUUUCUGAAAAGGCUAUUGCUCAAUCUUGUGAAUACACCCGUUCUACCGGUAGUGUUGUCUUGGUUGGUUUACCAGCUGGUGCCAAGGUUGUUACCCCAGUCUUUGACUCUGUUGUUAAGAGUUUAAGUAUUAAGGGUUCUUAUGUCGGUAACAGAGCUGACACCCAACGCGCUAUUGACAUGUACACUCGUGGUUUAAUCAAGUGUCCAAUCCAAAUUGUCGGUUUGUCUGAAUUACCAGAAGUCUAUAAAUUAAUGGAAGAAGGUAAGAUUUUGGGUAGAUAUGUCGUUGACUCCUCCAAGUAA